ACCCCACCAGGUCCGACUGAUUGUUGUCCACCAGCCACCACCACAACCACCAGUGGCAAUUAAUUAUUCAGUAAGCUUUGAUAGUAAGCCACUCAGCAGCGAGAAGCGUGCUCUGCCUGCUCUGCUCUCUGAAGGAAUGGACGGACCCCGGAUUUGAACUGUGCGCCACAGUUUGCGCAGCGAACAGUGCCUGCCGAACAGGGACCGGGAGUGGAUGCAAAACAGCUCCGCAAAAGUACAACCAACAAUGAACUCGACUGCAGCGAAAGUGGCGCUGGUGGCGAUGCUGCUGCUAGUGAGCACGGCCCUGGGUAAGCAGAUAGUCGAAAGCCAGGAGCGUGCUGUGCCCUACUACGGGACGGUAAACGAUCAGCCCGUCGUGGGCAUUCUGUCCCAGGAGCUGUCCUACCUGAUGACGCAAAACUAUGGUGACGACGGGUACGACAGCUACAUUGCGGCCUCGUACGUAAAGUUUGUCGAAGGUGCCGGAGCACGCGUUGUGCCGAUCUGGAUCAACCAGCCGGUAGAAUACUACCAAACGAUAAUGGCCAACCUGAACGGGGUGCUGCUUCCGGGCGGUGCUACCUGGUUCAACCAGAGCAACGGUUAUGCCGAUGCCGGCCGACACAUCUACGACAUUGCGAUGCAGUACAACGAGAACGGUGAGUACUUCCCGCUGUGGGGUACCUGUCUCGGGUUCGAGCUGCUCACCUAUCUGGCGGCGAACGGUACGGAGCAUCGGGCCCACUGCCGAUCCAACAGCCAGGCGUUGCCACUGAACUUUAAGGACGAUUUCCGCAAGAGCCGGCUGUUUGCCAGCGCCCCGAACGACGUGAUCGACAUCCUGAGCAACGAACCGGUGACGGCCAACUUCCACCAGUUCUGCGUGACCGAGGCGAACCUGACCGCGUACGGGCUGGACGAGGAGUGGCGCGUAAUGUCCGUCGAUCGGGACUGGAACGGGAUGGAGUUUAUCUCCACCAUCGAGCAUAAGAGCUACCCGUUUUAUGGCAUUCAGUUCCACCCCGAGAAGAACAUUUACGAGUGGAUACAGAACAAGAACAUCUCCCACACGGCGAACGCCGUUCGGGCGGCCCAGUUCUUUGCCGACUUCUUCAUCGCCGAAGCGCGCAAAAGUGACCACAGCUUCCCGAACGAGGCCACGCUGGAGAAGCACGUGAUCUACAACUACCAGCCGACCUUUACCGGGCUGCAGCGAUCCAGCUUCGAGCAGUGCUACAUGUUCCAGGGUAACUAUUCGCCUGAGGCGGAUGAUGCGGAUCCGGAUAACAAUGCUUCCUCCACCAUCGUAUCCCUAACAUCCUGCAUGCUUCCCUUGCUAACCACUACCAUCACCUUGUUGUUCCUGCCGCCUGUGCCCCUUUUUUAAUCCGUUUGCCGCGCUAUUCGCAGUUCUUUUUAAUCACCCAAAGUGUUGCCCAAAGUGAUGAAAUCCAAAAAGGUCGUGCUGAAGAAAAAGAUCCUCCAGCGUGAUCCGCCAGCCACCGCUGGCCUUUAAUUGCCACCGAGAUACGGAUAAUUGAGCGGACGGGAGGGCAACAACAUUGUUGCACACACAAUGGGCUGUGUGCAUCGUUGUGUGUAUUAUCGUUGGAAUUAAAUCUUAAGAUACUGCUCCUGCUGCUGCUGCUGCUACCUUUUGUCGUAAAAAAACAACGCAGAUUGGCUGAUAAGAACGACACUGGCUACUAUCUUUACUGAUUGGCAGCAGAGCAAAAGAUGAGACAGAUGCAGUCAGAUUGGCUAUCUUAAUUAAUCGAGCUUCUGUGCGGACAGACACAGACAAACACACGUCAAGAGUGUAGGAAAACAAGUAGAUGAGAAUUCACGUGCAAGCAAA